AUGGAGAAAGGCAAGGAGCAUGCAUCUCCUAUACCACCGACGACCACAGUUGCUUCCUCAAAUCCACCAACCCAAAUGAUACCAAGACCAUUCAAUCUACUCGGGUCAACACCUCCUCCUGCUAUUCCAUCAACCAAUCUACCAAAACAGGUGAUACCAAUUUCGCCCUUUGUGAUGGAUGUCUCAAACUAUAUGCAUGGGCACCAUCCACCAUUGGGGUAUUCGUGGUUACCACCACCCUUUCAGGAUCGUCCUGAUACCAACCCAUCUACAUGGACUAGUCAGGGAAACCCGCGACCCCCAAGAUAUUCAUCACUUAGCCCUCCGAUUGAGUUACACUCUGCAAGUUCAAGUAAUGUUGAUGAAAUUGAAGAUGCCAUGCCUGCCUCUACGGCCCAUGGUAUUGAGUCCGUGCAUAUUGAGGGGGUCGAUACUGUGCAUAUCGAGGAGGCCGAUACUGUUCAUACCGACCGGGCCACAACCGUGCAUACCGAGGGGACUGAUAUCGUUGAAGAGCCGAAAUUGGAUAUGGUGUUUAAUUCUGAGGAGGAGUUACUUGGUUAUUAUAAAAGAUAUGGGCAACAGUGCAGUUUCGGGGUAAUGACACAAAGGAGUCAUAGACUUGAGGAUGGGAGCCUUAGAUAUGUGACAUUGGGUUGUGCCCGUGGUGGGAAGGCUCGGAAUCGUACGUCAAAUGUCAUUAGGCCACGUCCGACUUCAAAGACUGACUGUAAGGCCAGGAUAAAUGCUACGUUAGAAAAAGGGGUGUUGAAGGUGUCGAGUGUGUACAAUCACCAUAAUCACGACUUAAGUCCCCAAAAGUCGAGAUUCUUUCGCUGCAAUAGAGAAGUGGGCGAAUCUGUUAAAAGAGUGUUAGAUAUAAAUGAUCAGGCUGGGAUUAGAAUGAACAAGAGUUUCGCCUCUCUUGUUCAAAAAGCGGGUGGGUUUGAAAACUUGCCAUUUAAUGAAAAAGAUUGUCGGAAUUAUAUAGACAAGGCACGGCAUCUUCGACUUGGCAAAGGAGGUGCUGGAGCCCUCCGUGAGUAUUUUGCCAAGAUGCAAUAUAGAAAUGAUGGAUUCUUUUCAUUAAUGGAUAUUGACGAUGAUGGACGAUUGAAGAAUGUAUUUUGGGCGGAUGCACGAAGUAGGGGAGCCUACAAAUAUUUUGGUGAUGUCGUCACGUUCGACACGACGUAUUUGACAAACAGAUAUGGGAUGCCGUUUGCACCGUUUGUUGGUGUCAACCAUCAUGGCCAGUCAAUUCUGUUGGGGGCAGGUUUAAUAUCUAGUGAGGAUACUGAAACGUUUACUUGGUUAUUUCAGACUUGGUUGAACUGUAUGGAUGGUAAAGCUCCAAAGGCUAUUAUCACGGAUCAGGACAGAGCCAUGAAAAAUGCAAUUGCGCUGGUCUUUCCAAAUUGCCGACACCGGUUCUGCUUAUGGCACAUAUUGAAAAAAUUACCUGAGAAGCUAGGUGCACAUGGCGCAUACAAAUCUGGGUUGAAAUCUGAGUUGCUCAACUGUGUGUAUGACUCUCAAACAAUACUUGACUUUGAGAGUUCUUGGGAUGUGUUAAUUUCCAAGUACAACUUGCAAGAGAAUGUUUGGUUGCAGAGCUUAUAUGCUGAGCGUAUGUGUUGGGCUCCAGUAUUCAUGAAAGAUUUUUUCUGGGUGGGAAUGAGUACAACCCAACGAAGCGAAAGCAUGAAUGCUUUUUUUGAUGGGCAUGUUCAUGCCAAAACAAACUUAAAAGAGUUUGUUGAUCAGUUCGAUAAUGCGCUGAGGAAGAAGAUUGAGAAUGAAAACGCGUCGGACUUCCAAUCAUUUAAUGUCACUAUACCUGUUGUCUCUCCCUCUCCACUUGAGAAGAUAUUUCAAAAUAUCUACACUUGCAACAAAUUUAGAGAAGUUCAAAAAGAAGUCAUAGGGAUGCUUGCAACUCUUUUCACUCUACACCGGAAGGAUGGUGUAAUUGCAACAUACCUUAUAGAAGAUGAAGUGGAUGUUGAUGGUUUCAUCAAGGAGGUGACCCACAAGGUAUACUUUAAUGAGGCGGAGUGCGAGGUGAAGUGUUCAUGUGCCUUGUUCGAGAUGAGAGGCAUAUUGUGUAGACAUGUAUUAGCCAUUAUGAGAGUUAACAAAGUCCGUUCAGUGCCAAAAAAGUAUAUACUAGAUCGAUGGCGGAAAGACAUUAAAAGGACAUACACUCUUAUACCAAGUAGUUAUGACAUGGUUGAUCAGAGGCCUGAAGUUAGAAGGUAUUCCCGUAUCAUCAAGAAAUGCUACGAAGUAGCCACAAAUGCUGCUUCAUGUGAUGAGUAUACUGAGGACAUGGUAGUUCAGUUAGAUGCAAUGAACAUAGCAUACCGCACCGCCAAGCCGCCCUCGAAGGUUGCAGUUACAAGUGCCGAUGGAAAAGAAGGUGGGAGUCCUAAGAAAGUAUUGAGUCCCCUGGUAGUUAAGGGAAAAGGCAGACCGCCAUCUCUGAGGAAAAAAUCAAUGGUUGAGAGAGUGAAACCCACGACAAAGAAGCAAAGUCAGAAAGGAAAACGAAAACAGCCGCAUGGAAUAGAAGGCGAAUCCCUCUCCACUUGUAGGUCACUAUUUCAGCAAACAGAUGUUGGGACACAACAGAUGUUGGGACACAACACUUGA